ACAUGCGCCUCUCAUAUGUUUCUAACCCCCCCGCAACAUCGAACGAAGAGGAUGAAAGCAUCCUCCAGCGCGUACAAGCCAGGCGGGGACAACGGGGCCUCCUCCCCCUUGACCUAGCGCUUCUUCAUUCAUUCCCCAUUGCCGAUGGCUGGAAUUCAUUUCUGGGUGCUAUCCGCACCAAAACCUCUCUUCCCGCAGACAUUCGCGAGAUCGCAAUAUGUCGCGUUGCCGCUAUGAACGAAGCUUGGUUUGAGUGGAAGGGUCAUGCUCCCAUAUUAACACAGGCCGGCUUCUCUGAGGAUGCACUAAAACUUGUGGAGCGCGGAGCGGAAAACCCGGCGACUGACACCGAAUUGGCGGCGCUGAUGUCCCCGAAACAAAUUGCUGUUUACAAGUACACGGAGGAAAUGACAAGGAUCGUUAAGGUGUCUGACGAGGUGUUUGAGGAGUUGAGGAGGCAUUUCAGUGAGAAGGAGAUGGUUGAGAUCACGGCUACAGUUGGGGCGUAUAAUUGUGUGAGUAGGUUUUUGGUUGCGUUAGAUGUUGGGGAGAUGAAUCGAUGAACAGACUUGAUUAUAUGGCCGGAUUAGAUGAGCUGUCAGUCG